CCAUCUUCAUUUAUCGUAUCAUCUGAUACCUAGACGCUUUCCUCGAAUUCCUAUCCAGCCAUCACAAUUUACUUAUAUCAAAGAAAGUCUUGAUUAAUAUAUAUCACCAUGGCUCGAAACUCUGAAAAGGCGCAGUCCAUGCUCUACCGCUUUCGGGAGCAGCAAGCCAUUGAUAUGGGCAUAGGCACUCGCCAAAAAGGAGACCGGCGCCCUCGAAUGGCCAGUAGCUGUACAAGUCUGAGAGAAGCGGAGAGAUGGAGAGGAGAUAUAUUGAGGGAUAUCAGCAGGAAAGUCAGCAAGAUACAGGACGUUGCUUUAACGGACUAUCAAGUGCGGGACCUCAACGAUGAGAUCAAUCAGCUUUUCCGUGAGAAAAGGGCGUGGGAGAACCAGAUCAUUAAUUUGGGCGGCGCCAAUUACAGGAGGGCGGCGGGGGUGAUGACGGAUGAUGAAGGCAGAGAAGUUCCUGGUACAAGAGGUUACAAGUAUUUUGGUCGAGCCAAAGAACUCCCAGGCGUUAAAGAGCUGUUUACCCGUUCUACGCAACAAGCAACUGAGGAAUCUGCACGCACCGCUUCAUUUCAAAUGUUCAGACAUCAGGGACCUGAUUAUUAUGGUGAUGAAGACGAACUGGAUAAGGAGCUGAUUGAUACAGAAGAUGUGGAAGCUCGAGAAGGAUGGGAAGACCAAGUUCGAAAAUCAGCCUCUACUCUCGGCAUUUCUGACGAGACUCUCCUUCCCCGUUACCCCGUUUCAAUAUCGUCCAAGCUUCCCGACGCUUCGGUAGACCCGACGCAACUUCAAGAGAAUGAAGAAGCGCCUCAAAAGAGCGAGAAAGCUUUGAAAGGAACGGGGAAGAGUAAGCGUAAAUAUAAGGGUGUGAAUGACCUGGAAGAAGGGGGUCAAAAGGAGGAGCAAGAGGAAGCCAAAAAGUCAAAGACGGACACAAGCGUUGCUAUCAACAGUGUUGCCGAGGGACAGAACAUCGCCUCCGAGACAGCAGUUGCUGCUGCACAAGCGCAAGCUGCAGCAUUCCUUGGUGUGCUUGAUGCGGAAAGUCUCGAGUUCCCCACAAUGCCCAGCAAAGACGAGAUGGCGAAAGUACUCUUGGAAGUUAGGAAACAGGCUCUGAAGGAAGAGUACGGAGUAUAUUAAUGUCAUGGAUGCAACGA